CUCAUGUUGCAUUUGACCUAUUGUAACACUUUAUAAUACUUUUUUUGGCAAGAAUGAAAAAGUUUUAUUGAUAUGAAAACACGAGUUCCAAACACUAGUGAGAGAAGAAAUUGAAAGAAGCUAAUGACAUAAUAGAAGUUUUCAAAACAGAGAACGAAGAAGCAUUUGAGUUGGUUAACUGUGUUUGCUGUCGUGUCCCAAUAAUCCUGGUAACCCCCUCAUUACGUCUUUUGGAUUUUUAGAGACAACCAUGGUAAAGCCUUCUUCCUCCGGUGGAUCCCUAAUCACAGUUUUUGUGCUUGUUUUACCAGAAAGUUUUUCCUUUUCUAUGGCCUUCAACUUCAUUUUCUGGUUGAGUUCCAUUUGGAAUUGUUGAAAUUUCGAUUUGAGAUCUGUAAGGAAAACUUGAUAAUCUGGUUUUGAGUUAGAUGAAUCUAAGAUGUCUUCAAUCUCUUUUGCUUCCCCAAAUUCCUUCAAGAUCUGGUUGCUAUUAUCUUUCACCACCUCACAAACAGCAAAUGAUUCUUCUCUAAAGGCGUUGGUUUGAUCUAAUUGCACUGGAUUUCUCUCUUGCGGCUCGAAAUGUUCGGGAUUACUAUUUUGAUGGCCAAGCAGAUUCUCAAGGGCAGAAUUUACUUGCAUAUUUUUCUCAUGCAGCUCAAAUUGUUGCAGAAUUUUCUGGCAAAUCGAAUUCUAAUGGGCAUAAGUUACUGGUGGUAACUCAUUAUAGUGUCCUUUCGAUGAAUAUCCUUCUGAGAGCAAAGCUUUGACACCUACACCUUUGAAUUUUUAAGGAACUGAAAGUUUGUUUUCCUUUUUCCAGUAGCAUUCUUCCACCUUAUGCCCUAAAUGAUGGCAAAAACCACAAUAACUUGUCCCAUGUUUCCCUUCCUCUUCAUAUACGAUCUUCUGCUUAACCAAAAACUUUUCAUUACCAAUUUUAAUAUGUUCUAAUCGAGGCUUCAAAAUAUCAACCUCAACACAAAUUCUAGCCAAACUUGGCCUGGACUUAGACGAACUCUGCUCAUCCAAUUUUAAUGGUUUUCCAAUCACAGAAGCUAUUGAAAAUAAAAUCGAUUCAUUAAAGAAGACAAGAGGCAGAUUUGGCAAAGAAAUCCAGACAAGAAGUAUGGGAGAUUCAUAAUGAUGGAUAGUCUACCCGGGGGUAUAUAUCCGAAGGGUUAUUACGGGGAGUAAUUUAGAGAGAAGUCAGAGCAAGUAGCAGAAUGAAUGCCAACGCCCUGUUCGCAAAGAGGAAAGGCAAGACUCAGUCGAAGGAGAAGGGGCCCUCAGGCCAGAAGCCAGCCGACGCCUUUUUUCCGAAGGUUGUAGAGCCUUCCGCCGGGGACGCCCAUGCUGCUGUGGGGACCGGGGGGUCGAAGGCCGAGGCGGCCGCUAAGAAGAAGAGGAGCGACAAGGGGGUGGAGCCCCCCACCAAGAAGCAGAAAGGCGCCGUGGGUGCUGUCGGGGGGGCGGCCCCCCUCAUAAUUAUUGAUGACAUGCCCGCUGUUGAUGGGCCUCUAGCCUCGGUCCCUCCGAAGGAUCCGGUGAAUCCCCCCGGGAGGAAUUACCCCGGGAGAUCCGUCAGCUCUCCUUUGCCCCCGGCGCUUCCCUGAUGCACGGCACUGCCGAGCCGAGGGCCUUCCUUCGGGGCAUCACCUCGAAGAUGGACAGAGAAGUCUUCGAGACCUACGAUGAUGAUGCCCUCGAGAACAGGAUCCUCCGGUCCUCUCUCACUGCCUGCAUAGCCCUCGGGGAACAGGCCCGGAGGCGCGAAGAAAGGCGCCUUCACGAGGCCGCCCAAGAUAAGAAGGUGGAGGGGCUGAUCCGCAAGAACUCCGAGGCGGUGAAGCAUGCUGCACAACUGGAGGAGGCCCUUCGGGAGGCGAAGGCGGCGGCGGAGAAGGCCAAAGCUGACGGCAUAGCCGAGGGCAAGGCGGAGGCCGAGAGGGCUGCUGCCGAGGCGGCGAAAAAAGCUGCCGAAGAAGCCCAAACUGCUAAGGAGAGAGCUGCGGCCGAGGCCCGAGGGGAGGCAGUUGCGGAGUUCCUCGCUGAGGGCUGGAGGGCCGAGGGCCACAAGGAGUGGGUUGCCUCCGUGGUGGCAGCCUCGGUGGACGCUUGGGUAGAAGGCCCGGGGGUUGACUGGCUGAUUGACAGGGGGGACGCCUACUACCAGGGGGUGAGUUCUUUACCCAACACCUGAUCUACCGGAGGCUUGCCAGGCACUUUGGUGUGUCCCUCGAACAAUUUGACCCCUCGGUACAUGGCCUCCCUUCGUUGCAACCAGAUGUCAGAGUUCCCCUCCCCCUGGGUGAAGAGCGGCCAACAAUCUAUGAUUCUGUGAUGAUGGGGGGUGAUGGGGGUGGAGCCAUCGGGGGUGAUGCUGCCGGAGAAGAAGUCUCCUCCAAGGCUGUCGUGGAAGAUGCCCCCGGAGACAACGAGGCUGAAGCCACCGAGAAGAUUAGUACUUAGUCAAUUUUUGAAAAAACCUUGUAAUGAACAUUUGUCACCCCUCGGCUUUGGCCAUACUCUGUA